CAGCAGGCUGAACUCUGUGGCGAGUGGGUGGCAGAGAUCCAGUGUCUAGAGGAAGUACGGAAUAGUGGAUGGCCGGGCUGGAUGGCUGGAACCCACUGCGGGCAUCUCCUGGGGAUGCCUGCGUGGCGACGGCUGCGGGGAGAGAGGGUGAGUGGACGAGGCUGGCACCUUUCUACCUGGAAGGCCCGGUGGAGAGGAGGCUUCUCAGGCCACAGAGAUGGGAGCUGGACCCUGGGGGAACCCUCUGCUGCUGCUGGCGGCCCUGGCCCUGGUGGCCAGGAUGGGUCAAUUGCAACAGUGGAGCGGCUUCCAGGAGUCCACGAGCCCAAAGAACGUGAACUCCACCGUCGCCUUCUUCAUGGAGACAUACAACAACAACAGCGAUGACUCCUACCUGUUCCGCAUGGACCAGCUGCUCCGAAGCCAGGUGCAGCUGACGACAGGCGUGGAGUACCUAGUCACCGUGAAAAUUAGCCGGACCAAGUGCAAGAGGAACAGCACGAACAACUCCUGGUGCCCCAUUCAGAGCAAGAAGAAGCUGCAGAAGAGUUUCCUUUGUGAUUUUCUGGUAUAUACUGUGCCCUGGAUGAACCAUUACCAGCUGUGGAACAACUCCUGUCUGGAUGCCUAG